UGCAGAUCACAGAUGUCUGCCUUAGAUCGGAAACUGGAACUCGAGCGUAAAAAGGCCAAACUCGCUGCGCUAAGAGCACAAAAGCGAGACCUAGCUAAGGGUGACAGCGCACUGAAUGGAGCGCAAAGCGCAUUAUCUUCAUCUGACCACGUCACGAACAAUUUCCAUCUGGACCCAGAUGAAUUCCUCCGUACUUUAGGGAUUUCGGUACCUGAGUCAUCACCAAAUGGCACAGCUGAUCACCUGACCUCCUCAAAAAGUGCCUCAGACUUAGUGAAUCAUACACGGGCCGCUAGUCCAUUUCGACGGCCAAAGCUCGGUAUGGCUCCGAUCAAGGAGAUCAAUGUGCCUCCCAAAGAUACUAUCUGCUACUCAAAGGAGGUCCAAACUAGGGAGCAAGUUGUUGCGCAAAAUUUUCACGCUGUUUUGCACAGUAGUAAGCGUCUAAUGCGUCCAGAUGGGUAUUCGAUAACAGAUUCUCCUCGGGAUUUGCUAGGGUCCCCACGUUUCAUUGCCAACUUGGAAUGGGAUGAUGAAUUUUCCACAGGGAUGUCGUUUGAGGAAUCAGUUGUGGACGCCAUGAAUCGCAUAACCGGCAUGGAACCGAUCAAACCCCCGACGCUUCUACAACACGAGGAACCCAAGCUCAUAAAAGCGCGGGUAAUGGAGGAGGAUGAAAGUGUGCGCGUGCUUCAGAGUGACAGAUUCUGUGAAUUUUUCGAUCGCGCUUCUCGCCUAUUGGAACGAGCCUUGGACGAUCAGACAGACGUCUUUGUGGACUACACCGGGGCCGAGCGCGACGCAUUGGGAGCCUCUCAACGACAUCAGUUGCUCCGUUUCGGUCGCGAUUUUUACGACGAGAGGUGGUCCAGGCGUCGUUGCGUCACUGCAUUGGACUGGUCUCCCACCUUUCCCGAACUGCUACUGGGAGCCUAUCAUUCCAAUGAAGAUGCGCCCCACGAACCGCACGGAGUGUGCUUAAUUUGGAAUUUAAAAUUUCAGAAAACUAGUCCGGAGUAUAUCUUUCAUUGCCAAUCUCCUCUCACCUCUGCGACACUGGCCUCGUUUCAUCCCAAUUUGGUGAUCGGUGGCACGUACUCCGGACAGAUUGUCCUUUGGGAUAACCGAUGCGCCAAACGCACUCCUGUCCAGCGAACGGCUCUGCUGGCCACAGCACACACUCACCCGGUGCAUGCGGUCCAAGUGCUCGGGACCUUGAACGCACACAAUCUCAUCAGCGUGAGCUCCGAUGGAAAGAUGUGCUCAUGGAGCCUGGAUAUGCUUAGUCAGCCGCAACAAUCGAUGGAGCUAACCUAUCGACAGACAAGACCGGUUCCCACCAGUUGUUUAAGCUUUUUCCGUGGUAAUGUGAACGAUUUUCUGGUCGGCUCAGAGGAUGGACGAAUCUACACCGGCUCGCGACAUGGCAGCCAAACUGGAGUCAUUGACUCCAUGGAGGGCCACCAAGCCCCGAUUACUUCGGUCAAAACACACACAACUGAUGGGCCUGUUGAUUUCUCCUCUCUUUUCGUCACCACUUCAUUCGACUGGACGGUGAAGUUGUGGUCCACCAAAAGUCAAAGACCGAUCUACUCAUUUGAUGAGACAUCUGACAUAGUACUAGACGCAGACUGGUCGCCAUUGCAUCCGGCCAUGUUCUCUGUGGUCGACUGUUCAGGAAAGUUGGAUCUAUGGAAUUUGACCGAGGAUUCCGAAGUUCCAGCGGCCCGAGUCGUGGUCAGUCAAUUUGCUGUGAACAAGUGUCGGUUCCAUUCCUCUGGCUUGCACAUCGCUGCGGGUGAUCGAGCUGGACGCAUCCACGUUUACGAGCUCAAUGAGAGCAUGGUGACUCCGCAUGCGGACGAUUGGUCAUUGUUUGCCCACACGGUGGAGGAAUUGCGCCAGCUUUCUGUCGAACGUAGCGAACGUGAUAGCACUGCUCCCCUUGGCAUUCUGGGAACUCGCUCAUCUCCAGUCACGGCAUCGUAGUAGCCGUCGUUUGCAAACAGCGCAGUCCCCUUAUCGACAACUGCCAGCCUCCCAUCGUAAUCCCAUGUGCAUACACCUACCCAUAACCCACAUAUGUUACCAACGCACAUUCAGCUAUGCAUCGGAGCCAUUUAACUUUCCCUUCACAGCCUUCUUUCAGUGGUGCCAAAGGUUGAGAUUGUCUCCUGUUUUUGACAACUUCCUCACUGCAUGCCACCGACGGGCACUGUAUUAUGCAUAAAUUUCACUCUUCUCAUGUGCUUGAGUUUUGUACUCAGUAUUUACCGCUCAUCGUCA